UUCAGGUUGCAGUCUCGGCUCAUACCUGUACAACACGGAGGAGACAAAAUGGAGGACUUACCUGUCUGAGAAAAACACGGCGAGAGACUCUACCCAUACAUGUUUUCACAUCCGUGCCUUUUUAUUUUUUAAUACGGGUAUUUAAGUUUAUUUUAGUGUUUUUUGUUUUGUUAAAAAGGACUCUUAUUUUUAAAAAUGCGCCAUAUUUUAAUCCUAGCUAUUUUCUUUACUCUAACAGGCUUCACUGUGGGGGUGAAUGUCAAUUGUCCAGUAAAACGUUAUGUGGUCAUCCUAUUUCAGCCUGUGACUCUUAGGUGUGAUUACACUACCACAGCCACAGUGCCUCCUCUGGUCACCUGGAGGUACAAGUCCUUCUGCAGAGACCCAAUCCAAGCUGCCUUGAACCCCAGCGGUGCAGACAGUGCCUUGUCCCAAAUCAACAAUAACUACAACCCCAACAUUGAGUGCUCUGACGAUUCCAGGACUGUACGCAUUGUGGCUUCCAAGCAGACCACAGUCACUCUCGGAAAUGAAUACCAGGGUCGCAAGAUCAGCAUCCAAAACAAUGCUGACCUUAACAUAGAACAGACUGCGUGGGGUGACAGCGGUGUAUACGUCUGCAGUGUAGCUUCAUCUCAGGACCUCUCAGGAAAAGGCGAGGACUAUACUGAGCUCAUUGUACUGGAGAGAAAGUCAAAUACUACAGACCUGCUGCCUGGCAUUGACUUACUGAUCAUGGAAGACUGGUUGUUGGUAGUGUUGGUGGUGAUUGGUUUCCUGUUGCUGCUGCUCUUAAUUAGCAUCUGCUGGUGCCAGUGCUGUCCUCACACAUGUUGCUGUUACGUGAGCUGCCCCUGCUGCCCGGAGCGCUGCUGCUGCCCCCGAGCACUCUAUGAAGCUGGAAAAGCAGUGAAAGCAGGCAUGUCCAGUCAGUAUGCAGCCAGCAUGUAUGCCCCCAGCAUGUACGGGCAGCCGAUGUACGCUAUGGGGUCUCAAGCGCCUCCCAUUCCAAUGCUGCCCAUGCCACAAGGCGUCACUGCACCGUCCGCUAAUGGCUACGGCAGAGGUUUUGAUGUAGCAAGCUCAGUUGGCCAAGGAUCCCAGGUACCACUGCUACAUGACCAUGAUUCAGGAGCAGGCCCGACCCGCAGUGGAUAUCGCAUCCAAGCUAAUCAAGAUGGAAACCCUACUCGAGUGCUGUACUAUAUGGAGCGAGAAUUAGCCAACAUGGAUCCGUCUCGUCCAGGAGGUCCAGCAGGCAAUUACAAUCGUCUGGACAGUAUGAGUGAGAUCAGCUCCCUGCAUGACGGUGGUGACCCUCGUAAUCGUGGUCGCUCAAGACCGCCACAGCUGAACACGGUGUAUGAUGAUGAAAACAUGAGUACCAUCAGCAGUGUGUCUCAACAAGUUCGCAGAGAUGACCCCAGAAGACCUGCUGGACCAGGGGGACCAGGAGGACCUGGGGGCAACCGUGGUCGUGCUCGUUCCAUGGAAAAUCUUGAUGAUCUUGGUCGCAAUUACAGAGAUCAAGAUAAUUUCCCCCCCAGAGGAGGCAGGAGGGGUUCAGAUGAUGAGUGGAGCAGCAGUGCUCGUGGAAACGAUCGGGACUUUGAUGAUCGGCGGCGGCGUGACUAUUCCCCAGAUCGGCGCUAUGGUGACUCUCGUGGGGCAGGCUUACAGGGCCGUCGCAGCCGCAGUCGUGAUGACCUGAUGGACCUGGAGCGGGGUCGCGGUGGUCGGGAUGCGUAUGAUGACAGCUUCCUGCGUGAGGCCAUGGAGAGGAAGAAGCUGGGCGAGCAGCAGCGAGCUCGCAGUCGUGAGCGUCUGGGCAGCGACAGUGACCGAUCUGACCGCUACAGGGGGGCACACGGAGGCCCACCACCACUGCCUUUGUCCCGGCCUGCAGGCAACCCUGAUCGCCGUGGCAACAACACCAGCUUUCCUCCUCCACCACCUUAUUCAGAAGACACAGACAGCUUGGCUUCAUCUAAAAAGAGCAACCUGCGCAAGAAUGGAGCUGUGAGUCGUGAGAGUUUGGUGGUGUGAAGCGACAGAUCAGUGAUCAUCUCUGAAGUCACUGACUUGCUACUGUGUUCUAUUUUGUAAGUAUGUAUUUUUCAGAUGCAGUUACGUGUCCAGGGAUUAUCAUAAGAUUUGUGGGUAUAUAUGUGUGUGUGUAUGUGGACUUCAAUGUCCUGAUUAACUUGUUACUGUUUUAAUCAAUGUAUGUGAUAGAUUUAUGGAUUUUAGUGUCCCUCUGUAAAUAUUUUAUAUAAUUUGAGUCCAGCUAUAAUGUAACACAUUCUUAAAAAGCAAAUUAAGAGUUUUUUUUCUGAUUUUUACCACCAGUAAUUCUUGUGCAUUACUGUGUAUUGUUUAUUAAUCAGAAACAAAAAGCUUUUUACUGUCUUUUAUAUGUUAAUGUUUAUGUAAUAAAUGUCAGUCAUGUGUAUUAAAUAUUGCUUGUUUUUACUCAUAUCUCUGUUUUUGCCAGAUAUUUUGUAAAAUUCAUUCAUUUUCAUACAUGAAUUUUCAGUAAUUUGCUGUGAUUGUAUAUUUUUUUCAAUAAUAAUUUCAUGAAUACAAGUUUAAUUGUUUACAGAUUGCUUUCUAAUAAAUCUUUUGUAUAUUA